AUGCAUAAAUUUGCAUUGAUUUCAGAAGAUGGAAAAUUUGUGGUUUUGGCUUAUCACUCUUAUUUAGCAAAAAUCUCUGUAGAGUUUGGCGCAGCUUUGGAGUUCUUAUCAUUUAAUGGGCAAGCUAUUGUUGAUUUUAUCGCGGACUCUCAAGAGUUGGUGAAUAAUUAUAGGAAUUAUUACAGUGGAGCAAUUUUAGCCCCUUUUGCUGGGAGAAUCCCAAAUGGGACUUUUACUUUUCAAGGGAACACUUAUUCGUUUCCUCUAAAUAAUGGAGAAAACGCUAUUCAUGGCUAUGUUGCUGAUAAGCCAUUUGAAGUAAAAAGUAUCGGCACAACUGAAACUAGCUCACAUGCGACACUUGAAUGCAAAAUAGAGCCUAUUAAUGGGUUCCCAUUUACGUAUAGAUGUCAAGCUUCCUAUGAAGUAAAUGAAUUAGGUCUCCAUAUGGAAGUUAAAAUAAUUAAUGAAAGCGAAAACCCGAUGCCUUGCUUUUUAGGCUUCCAUCCAUAUUUUUGCCACUCAGAAAAAAUUAAUACAUGUGUGCUUGAUUUUUGGCCAAGUGAAAAAUAUGUAAUGGUAAAUGUGAUACCUACAGGCGAAAAGAUUCCUUAUCAUCACCAAAAAGGUGAAAUUGGAAAUGAACAAUAUGAUGAUUGUUUUAUUGUAGAAAAACAAGAAGAAAAUUUGACAGCGGUAUUGGCAAAUCCAGUAACGAAUUUGGAGACGUAUAUUUAUGCUUCUCCUUCAAUGAGCCAUUUGCAGAUUUAUACUCCACCUCAUCGAGCUUCAAUUGCUAUUGAGCCACAGAUGGCUCCUGCAAAUGCUUUUAAUUUAUAUCCGGAUGCUUAUUCGAUUUUACCUGGGCAAGAGAUGAGCUUUUGGUGUAAAAUCAAAGCGAAGGUAACUAAUUAA